AUGGCAACCACAGUUGGCCCUGAGCGGCUAUCCCGCCCAUCUCCCGGCCCAGCGUUCGACAGUCCUGUCGAUCGAUUUGCUGCUUCGAUUAACCCGCUAAAUGGUUCUCAGUCGCUUGAUUCCAAAUCUCAAGUUGAUGAACCGCCUCCAAAUCCCCCAUUCGUCUUUCCAGCUCAACCAGCUGGUACAGUAUCCGCACCUUCGUCCUUCUCAAGAGCAACAGGUCGUCGUCCUAUGUCGGCCAUUGAGACUCCGAACUUCAGUUUUGGACUUUCCGCUGAAAAUGUGGAGAGACAUUCCCGGUCAGCACUGCCCGACUUCAGUUUCAAUCCUGGUGCAAUGCUUUCACCAGAUCGCGAGAACAACUUUCUCUUGACUCCUCCCAUUUCUCCGCAUUCUCCUAGGAAUGGUGCGUCACAACAGCGCCCUGGAGGACAUGGCCAUCGAAGAGGUGGCAGUGAAUUUGUUGGAGGUCGUCUCCGCGAGGGUAAUUCGAUUGCCAUUAUGAGCACUAGUCCUACAAAAUCUGAGAGCGGGCUUGUAUCGCCAACUUUUCAACCUCCGCCAAGAAGAGGGCACCGAAGAGGAAUUUCAGGCGCCAUCUCGACUAAUGACCUGCCUAUUCUCCAACCACCUGUUUUCGAUUCCGCCAACCGUGGGAACAGCGCACCAAACAGCCCAACCAACUUUGUGCAGCCUAACCAAGGAUCUCUACAGCUUGUCGAACAAAUCGUGCCUGACCCCGAACCGGUACCCAUGGCGGAAGCAUCAAAAGAAACAGCGGAGCCUGCUGCUGUCAAAUCCUCGCCUGACAGCAGUCCCAAGAAUACUAAAGCUCGCGUGGGCUUCUCCGACACACUCGAGUUCAUACCACGGCCAUUGUCUCUGGUAUCCAACGAGACAUCUAGCACUGUGACAGCACGACCUGGACAUUCUUUAUCUGGCAGCAUCUCAUCGAUUGUAUCCGGAAACUCGCCAAGUGGACGUGAUAGCCCAUCGCCGUUAUCUCAAACACCAACACGCGAGAUAUCGGAUUCAAGGCCAAGCACAGCAGGUGCUAUUCUUGAGAACACACACGAUUUGGCUAACGCAGCUUGCUCACCAAAGCGACGAAAUUCGAUUCCUACACUUCUUAAUCUCGCCGAGGCGCCCAAGACGGAAGAUCCUGAGCCGAGUCCGACCAGAAAGCGUUGGUCGUUCUUUGCCCGAGAACAUUCCAGUGGCAACAUCUCUCCUGGCAAAGCACGACCGCAGAGCGCUGGUUCACUUGACUUGUUGACGAAGAUAGCGCCGACGUCAAGCAAUGGGCAUUGUGCCGAUACCGAAGGCCCUGACCUGGCCACGGCCAAACCAAAGUCUGGCAAGAAGGGCAAGAAAAAGAAGAAGAAGGUCAAGGGCUGGGCUGGCGCUAUUUUACCACGAAAGCCCAAGUCCCACAAGAAGCGCUCGAAAUCAGAAGGCGGCCGUCCUCCUACUCCUCCAGCACCCAGCGUCGCCCAGUACGAGGGCGAGGAUCAGAUGUAUGGAGAGCCCGAGCUAUUACAGAUGUCAACUCCUACACUCACUGUCACCGAGUCUCCCGAUCUUCCUCAGGAGGAUGAUGCACCCAAGCGAUCAACCGAUGAAUCAGCAUAUCCUAUGAUCGAUCUGGAUGCAGCUCUUGGUCCUUUUAACACACCGCUGCCUCUUAAUCCCGAGUGGGAGGCUGCGCAACGAGCUGCUAGCGGCACAGGAAAGCGACGCCUUCAUAGCGCACAAGGCAUGAAGGGUUUCAGUGGCCCUGGUAUGCAUUACCAUCGACGUGCGGAAUCUGCUCCCGAUCUACCCCCCUUUGACCCUGGCCGUGCUGGUAUGCAUCGUUAUAACAGCAGCUCCACGAUGGCUGAUGUUUUUGAGGAAGACGAAGAGGAUGAUGAUGACAACGCCAGAUCUGGCACAACGGACGAGUCCUCAGAGGAGGAGACCGAUUCCGACUGUGAUGCUACACCUCCAGCUGCAGUCAUUCGGGAUCCUCUUCGCAAUUCUCAGGAUAAGCUGUCAGUACACAGCUCUUCUCAGCCCAUGAGACGAACAACUUCAAGUCUGAGUGACAAAGACCAAAUCUCCGCCAACACGGUCAGAGGUGAGCGUUCAAGGUCAUCUCUACACGAAAGUGUCAUCGCCGAGGAGCUGCCAAGCGUCAUCUUCCGAUCACCCUUCAUGCCUGCAGAACGAUGUGACACUGCCGACUCAGCCCACUCUUCACUUCGAAGAUUCUCUGGCAACAAGGAUCUCUCUCCUGGUGAAGUCAGCCCUUUGCAUCUUCCCGCUCCAGCACAUGCACCAACCAGCCCUUACGCUAUGAGCUAUUCGUCUUCGUUCCCCUCGCCAAGGUCGCCUAUGUCUGUUGACGUGCAGCGAAUCUCGACAGCUCCCUCGUCGGUCGCUGACGAGAACAACUUCCGAUCUCUGCUGCUUAUGGGAGAGCCUGGCCCCGAGGUUCGAGUGUCAGUGGAUUAUGAUAUUCCUUCACUGACAUCGAGCAACUCCACAAUGACGCGAGAGAGUAUGUUCCUCCCUAGCCAGCGCCAAUCACAACCCACCCUUCGUGAGCCUCGUCCUGUUUCAGUGUCAUCGGCCUUUGGGCGCCGAAGGUCGAGUCUUGCCAGUCUCAGCCGUCUCAUUAGCAGCUCUCAUGGUGAGCGAAGCAAGCUUUCUAUGGAAGUCACACUAGACAAUGAUGAGAGCAAGAAGCCCAAGAGCAGCCGAACAAAGAAGUUGGGUCGCAUGAUGCAGUUCUGGAAACCUACCAAGGAGAAAGAAACCAUCAAGGAGAAAGAAGGCGAAGCUAAAUAA